AUGAUAGAGAGUUUGAGGCUUAGUGGUGGAGCAUCAGAGCGCGGAAUCCAGUUGGAGAUUCGAUUUUUCACGGAGGACUCAGAUUUUCCGCUUUUUCUUUUAGAGAGGCUUUCGUGGAGUGGCCUCUCAGAUGUAGUUCCAUGCAUAACAAAGGAGUUUGAAGAGCCAGUUGCAAACAAGGCUCUCCUAAAUCACGUGAUCAGCACACCGAGAGCAAAGACAGCAGAGAUUUGUGAAAUACAGUGUUUCAUUGAAGUCAAGUGUGAAUCAUACAACUUUGGUCCAAAUGAGGAUGGUGGUUACUUGUGUGAGCUGAGUGAUUCCGAAGGUGUUAGAGAUCCAGACGACUUGAGGGUACGGCAAGGCUCCGUUUACCGCGCAACAAAGAAUCCAUGUGGUACCGCUCAGUGUCCUCCAAACUCACGAUGUUAUUCAGAUUUUGAACACGAAACCUAUCUCUGCGUUUGUUCACCGGGAUUUACUGGAGACAAGUGCGAAACAGAACGAAAAAGCUGCGCCGAACUGCUUCGAGACGGUUGGAAUUCUAGUGGCGUAUAUACCAUCAAUCCAGAUGGUGGCAAUUCAAUCCAAGUGUUGUGUGACAUGACAACGGAAAGUGGAGGUUGGACCGUUUUUCAGAGACGUUUGGACGGCUCUGUUGACUUCUAUCGUGGAUGGGAAUCCUACAAAAACGGCUUUGGAAAUCUGAGUGGCGAGUUUUGGCUUGGAAACGACAAUAUACACCGUUUGACAGACUCUGAUGACGUCAUGCUGAGAGUUGACUUGGAAGACUUUGAAGGGAACAUCACUUACGCUGAGUACACUACUUUUAAGAUGGCAGACGAGGCUGACAAGUAUCAGCUUCUGAUUGGAGAUUACAGAGGUACCGCUGGUGACUGCAUGGCUGGGAGACAUUCCUUAAGCAAGAUGUUGUUUACGACGAAAGAUGUGGACAACGACUUGAGCGUUGACAACUGUGCACUGUUGUACAAAGGAGCCUGGUGGUACAGGAAUUGUCACCAUUCUAACCUCAACGGCUUAUAUCAUGGAGGAUCAUUCAAUGAUUCGUAUGCAGAUGGUGUCUCUUGGAAUUCUUUCAGAGGAAAUUCAUACUCACUGAAACGUACCGAGAUGAAAAUGAAGCCUUCAAAUAGAAAAUAACUAAAUGGUGCUAAAA